AUGCUAAAUAGAUUUAUUCGUCGUAACAUCUUCACAUACACUAUGCCAUUUUACGCAGUCGCAAAAGGCAAAAAUCCUGGAGUUUAUCUAACAUGGGCAGAAUGUCAAGCAAAUGUGAAUGGCUUCAGUGGCGCGAAAUUUAAGAAGUUUCCAGAUCGAUUGGCAGCUUCAGACUUUGUCAAGAAAUUCGGAAGUGGAACAUCAACGGAAGAUUCAGUCAAAGAAGAACGAGUUGAUAAGGAGAAUGAUAUUCUUAGCACUUCCCAACGGAAAAAUGGUCCUUCGAAGAGAAAAGGAGAUGCGAAACCAAAUUUUAACCAGUUCAAAAAAUCGAAGAACGAUGAUAAAAAGUCUGAUUAUCCAGAAGGCAAGAGUGACAAAGAUGCCGAUUAUGAGCCCUACAACACACUUAAAGAGACAGAAGACGGAUAUUUGCUGAAAAAAGACGGCGAAACAUAUGUGGUUUACACAGACGGCGCCUGCCCGGGCAAUCAAAACAAGAAGGGGCUACGCUUCAGCGGGUCAGGUGUUUGGUGGGGCCCGGCGAAAGCGGAUUCCAUCCCGAACGACCGCUUUGAAAAUGAAUACUCGACGAACAAUUUUGGCGAGGCAAGGGCCAUCCUCGCCGCUGUCAAGCAUGCGAAAGAAAAGGGGUUCAAAAAAAUCGAAGUGCGGACGGACUCGAAAUUCUGCAUCAGCGCCCUGGACGUCUGGAUAAUCAAGUGGAAGCGAUUUGCGAAGGAUGGAAAGUGGACUAAGUACGACAAGAGCCCAAUUAUCCACCAGGAAAUCUUCCAGAAAAUAGACGACAUCCGGAGAAACUUUGUGGACAUUGAAUUCAGACACGUCAAGGGCCACAAUGGAGAACUCGGCAAUGAAAAAGCAGAUAAGCUGGCUGUUAAAGCUGCAGAAGAGCACAAGAAACUGUACAAAAUUUACAUGGAAGAGUUUUCAAAAGACAUGUGA